AUGGCGUCAUCACCAAAGAAAGAUUGUGGUGUCCUUGGAUGUACCGGCUCUGUUGGUCAGCGAUUCAUACUUCUGCUUGCAGAUCACCCUACGCUUAAACUACAUGCCAUCGGGGCCUCGUCAAGAUCAGCAGGCAAGAAGUACAAAGAUGCCGUCAGAUGGAAACAGAUCAAGCCCAUGUCAAGCACGCUUGCCGAACUCGAAGUUCGAGAAUGUAAGGCGAGCCAAUUUCAGGAUUGUGACUUAGUGUUUUCGGGCUUAGACAGUGAUGUUGCUGGAGAUAUAGAAAUGGAAUUUGUGAAAGCAGAAAUCCCCGUCUUCUCUAAUGCUAAGAACUACAGGCGGCAUCCCCUGGUACCAUUGGUUGUUCCCACAGUGAAUGUGCAACAUCUAAACUUAAUCCCCCACCAAAGACAACAAUUCGGCUUAAAGAAAGGGUUUCUCGUCUGCAACUCGAAUUGUGCGGUGAUAGGCGUGGUCAUUCCCUUUGCUGCACUCCAAGCUAAAUUUGGUCUUGUCGAGGAUGUCGAGGUCUUCACAGAGCAGGCUGUGUCUGGCGCUGGUUAUCCAGGGGUUUCAAGCAUGGACAUUUUCGACAACGUCGUUCCUUACAUAGCUGGUGAGGAAGACAAACUUGAGACCGAAGCGCAGAAGAUCCUUGGCUCGAUCAACAAAGAUGGUACCGGAUUUGACGAGCAAUCCGGACUCACAGUGGGAGCAACAUGUACUCGGGUGGGCGUGACAGACGGCCACAUGGCAUAUGUGUCGUUACGAUUCGUAAAUAGACCACCGCCUAGUGCUGAUCAGGUCAAAGCUGCCUUGAGAGAAUACGUGGCCGAGGCACAGAAGUUGGGCUGUCCUUCGGCUCCAGAACAGGCGAUUGUGGUCUUCGAAGAACCCGAUAGGCCGCAACCACGACUGGACCGUGAUAUCUCAGGAGGCUAUGCUGUCAGUGUUGGAAGGGUUCGUGAAGGUGCCAAAGGAGGUCACUUUGAUAUUAGGUUUGCGGCCCUCAGCCAUAAUACUGUCAUUGGCGCGGCCGGGUCCUCUAUCUUGAAUUCAGAGGCUGCCAUUUUGAAAGGCUUCAUAUAG